GGAGCUGCACCAGGUUCGACGGAGAGCAGGACUUACAUCCGUACUUUGUCCCGUACCGAGACCGAACAGUACCUGACGCAGCCUGUAGGUGCUCUCGGCGAUACUAGCGUGCAGAUGAGUAACGCGAUUCUGAGUCUCUAUCAAAUGUAAAAAUGCCUGGGUCUGGAAGAAUGCAGCUCGUCAUGCUAAAUCUGAAGCAUGCAAAAAUCUGUGUUGCAUGAUUACCAAAAGACGUCCAGUUUUGACCAAGUCGGGAGGGAGUUUCUCAUGCAAGAUAGGCAUGAGAGAGAUCGCGCAGAAUCUGUCAUGCUAGGUCCUGCAUUCCAGACCUCAUGGGUCAUGGAAAAGCUGCAUGACAAAUCGCGCAUUCUUCCAGACCCAGACAUUUUUACACUUGAUAGUCUCAGCAUUCAUGCGAUUGCGGACCCGUUGCAGGACCUGCCGGAGUAUCCUCGAUGCAAAAGUAUCUGAUACUCGUAUUGCAAUCAUCGACAUUAGCAUUACAAAUCUUUUUCUCAAGGUCACUCCGCAUUACAAAUUUCAUUUCUACUCAUGCUGAGGAAAUUUGUAAUGCAUUAGUAUACGAGUCCGAGUCCGAGUGCGAUACUUAUUUUGCAGUUCAUACGGAGCAGGCCAUCCAGCGCCGGGCCCACGUGGAGCGCACCUCCAGGCCCGCCAAGUCCAAGGGGUUACGGGAAUUCCAGAAGUGCACCAGGAAACUGUCGUCCGAGAAGCAGGUCGGACAUCGCAAGGCCACAGGAGAUGAUGAGAAAGGUCAUGGCGCAGGAGCUGCACGGCAAGGAGCCACCAGUGGUGGUCCUUCUGCCGGCGUCGACGGAGCUGCAAAUAAGUACGCUGGAGGAAAAAUGCGGAGCAAAGUGAACGGGGACGACAGCACCACCAAGGACGACGACGAGGACGUCAUUGUGGACUAUCUUCUGGGCGACCUGCGCUGCCUGCGGGUGUUCGAGAUACACGAUACGGAUUUUUUUCACUUUCCCUACGAAGGCACCCCCGCGACACGGGUAGAGUAUCAUGAUGAAACAAGUGAUCUUCGUGGCGACGGGGACGGCGAGCUGUCCUCUACUGCAGGAGCAGCAGCCUCUCGUCCUGCGCCGCAGGAGAAAAAAGAUAAAUCUGUGCACGGCGAGGAUAGAAACGACGUUCAGCCUGCUCUUCUAGCAGGUCGUGAUGUGAGCGAGGACGCUGACGAUAAGGAGCAAGUCGUAAAUAGAAAUGAUAACCCGGCGGCGCGACCACCCCCUCCCCCCCGGUUUCGCAUUCGCGCCUCUCCUAGCGAUAACGAAUGCGAGCGAUGCUUGCUGUUUACCGACCUGGCCUACGAAAUGCGAAAGCAUCGUACUAGUAGAAAUCGCAUUACAAAUUUCCUCAGCAUUUUUACAAAUUGAAUUUGUAAUGCUGAAUUGCCUCGAGAAAGAAAUUUGUAAUGCAUAAACGCAAUUACUACGAGUACGAUACUUUUGCACAGGAUAUGGCCCAGGAUCUGAUGCGGGAGGAAUUGCUCGCGCUCCGCCGCGUUUCAACGGCCGAAUUCGUAUGAGAGUACACAUCAACUCCCCCUCGUCCCCCUCAUUUGUCAUGCAAAACCCCAAAUCCAGUCGCAGCCGUGUGGCACUGUUGGCAUGACAAAUUUCGGAGGCCCAAACAGUACUACAUCAGGUACAUAAAUUUGUCAUGCAUAGGCUCCACGUGUGCUGGUGUUUUGUUCAUGCCAUAGCCAUACAAAUGAAGAGAGGGAGGGGGAGUUGUGCACUCUGAUACUUCGAGACGGCGGUCGAGAAGGCGCAUGUUGACAACACGCCCGCGGAAGGCUCGCUGUUGGAGGUGCUCUUGGUCCGGUUUACCGACUACCACGACAUUCAGAACGAGGUCACGCAUAUGCAAUGCAAAAGUAUCGUACUAACUAAGUAAGUAGUAUGAAUUGCAUUACAAAUUAGCCCAGCAUGACAACUAAGUUACAAGUUAGAUUUGUAAUGCGGAUUUGCGGAUAAGAAAAAGAUUUGUAAUGCAUAAACGCGAGUAGUACGAGUGCGAUACUUGUUUUGCACUGCAUAACGCAGCUACGGACCAGCUUGUUGGAAGAGCAGGAAACGAGCGGGGACAGCUACUAUCCUGAGUAAAAACGUACCCACACCAGAGUCAGGAUGGGGAUUUUGCAACACAAACCUAGGAGCUUUGUGAGUCACGCAUGACAAGUUGCACUCUGCAGUGUGGUGCAGGUUAGCAAGUGCAGCCGCAUCACAGAUUCAUCUGCUCAUCCUGUUCACAGCAUCACAAAUUCCAAAACACAAUUGGAAAUGGCUCUCAUGGGCAUGCGCAUUAGUUACAAGUCUUCCUGUCUUUGCAAAUCUGCAUUACGCCGAGCAAAACCGCGUUCUUCUUCGUGAAACGCCCACCGCUUUUUGCGCAGUGGCUGAAAAAAAAUCAAAAGAAAAAGAAAAUCAAAAGAAAAAGAAAAUCAAAAGAAAAAGAAAAUCAAAAGAAAAAGAAAAAGAAAAUCAAAAAGAAAAAAAAAAUCAAAAAGAAAAAGAAAAUCAAUGGAAUAGCCAAGCGCGCAGAGUUUUGAAAAAAAAAAAAAAAAAUCUGCAUUACAACUCUGGCGUGGGGACGUUUUUGCACAGGACAGCUACACCAGCAUCGUCAUGGAGGAGAACAACCAGUCGAUCUUUUACAAAGACUAUCAAAUGCAAAUAUGUCUGGGUCACUGGAUGAAACUUGUAAUGCUGAGUUACUUUUUAGUUGUAUUUGGAGGCCACAAAUGAUGGCUUAGCAUGACAAGUUUCUGAGCUUAUUCUAAGUGUUGCCUCUUCUCCAUGAGAAAUUGCGUCUCUGCAUCACAGAGAAUAAAUAAGUAGGGCUUUUGGGUACUAACGAGCAUGACAGACUUAAGAGUAUUGCUGGCCUAGCAUGACAAACCUUGCACUUAUUUUCCAGAUGACCCAGACAUACUUGCAAUCGAUAAGGAGGGAACUUUUUUUAACGAUGCCCGGAGCACCCUGGAGGGCAACUUGGUCGACCCGCUAGUGGUAUCAAAUGUAAAAAUGUCUGGGUCUGGAAGAUUGUCAUGCAUAUUUCGGAUCACGCAAAUGGCGUCUGAUGCAGGCAAAAGCAUCACAGAUUUUGAACACGCCUCAUAAUGCCUGUCCCGCAUGAGAAACUUCCUACUUGCGUGCCAAGAAUAAGAAAUGGACAGCUUUUGGCGCUCAUGCAACGCAAAUUUUUGUGUGUUCCUCCAGAGUUUGCGUCACAAGUUCCAACCCUUCCAGACCCAGACAUUCUUAUAUUUGAUAAGUGGGCGCCGCGGGGUUUGUGAAGGAGAAGGCGUGGCAGGGCAUCCAGGCGGCGAUCACCACCGGCAACCGGGUCCGCCAGGAGCAACUGAUGGCUCUGUACGAACACCAGGAGGACACGGAGGAAGCCCUUCGGGACAAAGUGUGGCAGACCCAGGAGUUUUUAAGGGACCAGCAGGUGUUUUGGACCGCGAAGCAGAGAGAGCUGCGCCGCAUAUCCAAGUCGCUGCGGGUGGAGGGCGCUGGAAUAUUAAACCAGCAGCAGUCCACAGCAAAAGGAAGGGAGGCGAGGGCCAUUGAAAGUUUCAGUCCAGCACAGGGCCUGCAAAACGAGUUCGGAUCGUAUUUUCUGAACCACGAGCACGAAAACAAUCCCCAUUUCCACGUGGUGGAAGAGCAAGCGGACGCCUAUGACGAUGCGUUGUACGAUGAGAACUAUCAAAUGCAAAAGCAUCGUACUCGUAUGGAUUGCAGUCAUGCAUGACAAAUCUGAUUUUCUACCUGAAUCUGCAUAACAAAUUCCAUUUUUGUUCUUGAAUAAAUUUGUGAUGCGAUUUCUACUAGUACGGUACUUUUGCAUUGCAUAAGAACGUCGACCACGUGAUGAAGUACGGCUCUGUUACUGGCAAGGUGGCUCCGCGCGCCCUUUACAAAGUGAGGGCGGACAUUCUGCAGGAACACAGUGUGGUCGACCUGAGCGUGUACUUCCGAGCACGAACUUACGUGGGUUGUUACCGCGACUCCGCCGAAUCACGGGCGAUGGAAGCACCGCGGAGGGAAGCAGGCCGCCUUAUCAAAAGGAAAAAUCCCCCCUCCCCAUAUCGAAACGAAAUUUCUGAUGCUGGAUUUGCGUACACAAAUCAGGUCUGUCUUGCUGGAGAGGACUGCAGGCAUAUACCAAGCCUGGGUCGAGAGGUUUUGACGUAGGGGACUAGCAUGACAGACGUCGGCCCUGUAUGCCCAACAGCAUCACAAACCGCCGGCAUAAUGCGGCGGACUCUAAGGCUUUGCCUUCUUGCAAGACAGACAGCAUUUGUGACCUCAAAUCUGCAUCACAAAUUUUCAGACGAAUGCGUUUUCAAUAUGGGGAGGGGGGAUUUUUCCUCCCAAUACGCCUCCAGGGCAAACCCGUGUCCGUGUUCGAGUGCGCCAUUUUGUGUGCGGAUCGUCCGUAUGGAUUGUAAAAAUGUCUGGGUCUGGAAGAUUCUGAUACUCGUCAUGCAUGUUUUGCAUGAGCCAUGAUGUCGGUGAUGCAUGCCCUAGCAUCACAGAUUUUUUGAGGGCUUCUUGAUGCCUAUUCCGCAUGACAAAUGCCCUCAUCGCGUCGCACAAAUUGCGUUCUCCUUGCUGCUCAUGCAAUACAGAUUUUUUUGGAAUCCAAGUUCAGCAUCACAAGUUUCAUUCUUCCAGACCCAGACAUUUUUGCAUUUGAUAGUCCGUUUUUCGCCCUGCAGGGCGGGGGACAAUGCUGGUGCGCAAGUGAGCUCAAUCAGAAACAGCUCCGAAGAGUUAUAACCCGCUCAGGAGUUGUUACAAUCUCAC